AUGAAGACGAGACCGCUUCAGGCCACAUCAGGCACACUCGCAGAAGACAAACAGACAUGUUUGGAUAGCUUUAGCAACCUGUGCUACCAGAAGAAGCUUCUUCAAAGACCAGAGGGCCUGCAACACGGGGACCUUAUUGACGGCUUAACCGACGAACAUACUCUGCUGCGAUUCCUGCGAGGCAAGUCCUUUGACGUCGAUCGAGCAUAUGCGCAGCUCAAGGAUGCAUCGGCUAUUCGACAAUCGGCCGAUGUUAUCGCCACGUACGACACCAUCGAUAUCGGCGACUUUGAAGAGAAAAGAAAGCUAGUAGGCUAUCCCAGCCAAAAUACUCGACGAAUGUUGAGCCACCGGCUAAUCGACAAUCUGCAGUACCCUCACUGGUGUGGCUACCGAGACAAGUCUGGCAAGCCCAUCUGCAUUUUCGACACUCGCCACCUAGACGACGGCGUCAUUCAAAAGUACAACAAAGACAGAAAUGUGUCCGCCCGUAGAGGUGACGCUGCCGUGUCGAGUACAAUGGAGCAGGCAAUCGUCAUCCACGACUAUCUAACCAGGUUCGUUUUCCCAGUGUGCUCGGCGAUGCUUGACCGAAAACAGCCAGGUACGGCGAUUUCAAGCGCCGUGUACAUCGCAGACGUUUCUGGCAUGACGUUGAAGCAAGCUUGGAACCUGCGAAUGUACAUCCAAGACUUUAGCAUGCUGCUCUCAACAUGUUUCCCAGAGGUCAUCGAUCGGAUAUACGCGAUCAAUGCACCCUCGUACUUUGGCGCGAUAUGGAGCUUCGUCAGCAAGUUGAUCGACCCGCGGACCGCCUCCAAGGUUGAAGUCCUCUACCCGGGCCAGGUCCCGGCCGCACUGGCUGCCGUUGUCGACAUGGAUGAUUUACCAACCCAGUAUGGCGGACGGCGCAAGGUUCGAUAUGGGGCUCCGCCCAUGAUGGAUGAGGCAAUCUUGCAAUCCUUGACAAACUCAUCCUUGGGCCUGACUGGCCAAUGGCCCGGAGGUCCGAUUAAGUUGAGUUCAAACGGGGAUGGACACGUCGCUCUGAUUGCCGUGGGGACAAAGGAGGGCGCCAAGCGUCAGGAUCUAAUCGGUUUGAUCAGAUAA